AUGGACUUCGCCGUGGACGCGGCGCUGUGGGUGGUUGGCAAAGCGCUGGCACCCGUCACGGACGGCCUGCUGGAGUCAUGUGCGGCCAGCACCGAGCUUGGCCGCAACAUCGACGCCCUCAAGAUGCAACUCCUCUACGCACAAGGGAUGCUCGACAACGCGCAGGGUAGGGACAUCCGCAGCCCUGCGCUCAAGGAGCUUCUGCACAAGCUGCGGGAGCUGGCGUACUGUGCCGACGACGCGCUCGAUGAGCUCGACUACUUCCGCAUCCAGGACGCACUUGACGGCACAUACCAUGCCGCCAAUUUGGAUUCCCAGAGCUGCGUUGACAGGAUCGCCAUCAAUGCUCACCACACCGCCAAGGCUGCGGCCAAUAAUCUCAAGUGCUCAUCAUCCUCUACCCGGGCUGAUCCCGACGAUCAGGAAGAUGGUGGCAAACGAGGAUGCCUCUCUGUCGUUGGCUCGUGUGGGGAGCAUGAGAUCAGCUCCUCACGACCGCCACCCACCACCCAGGGAGUCCAGGAGGUUGAUGGCGGAUGCAUGCCUAAUGUCGUCUCUUGUGCUCGCACCGCUGCACAAACUAUCGGUAAACACUUUCCGUGCUACUCUUUCCCGUCUGUCUGCGAUGAUGAUGCGGACACCGUCAUGGUGAAAUCCUCCAAUAUGACAGGGAGUGGACAUCAAUAUGUGCUACAAGGAGAUCACGCCAUGCAAACACGAAAACUGAAGUUUGAUCGGGUCGUAAUUUCUACAAAAAUACUGGAAAUAAUAGAGCAGUUGAAACUUCUGUGUGCUAUGGUCUCCACCAUUCUCAAUCUAGAACUACUUGGCUCCACACGUAUCCCCCCUGCCCAAGACAUUACUAUGAACCGACCCAAAACCACCCCAAAUAUUAUAGAGCCUGAGUUGUAUGGGAGGAAUGACCAGAAAAAGGAAAUCAUUGAUGACAUUACAAAUGGUAAAUAUUGUACCAAUGAACUUACCGUAGUUCCACUUGUUGGUCCAGGAGGUAUUGGGAAGACAACACUCACGCAACACAUAUUUGCAGAACUGGAGGGUUCUUUCCAAGUUUCAGUUUGGAUAUGUGUAUCUCUAGAUUUUAAUGCAGAUAGGUUGACGCAAGAGAUUGUGAAAAAGAUCCCUGAAGUGAAUGAUGAAAAGGCUAAUGCUACCAAUCAACAGCUAAUUGUACAAAGAUUAAAAUCUAAGCGGCUUUUACUUGUUUUAGAUGAUGUGUGGACAUACCACGAGGAUGAGUGGAAAAAAUUAUUAGCUCCAUUAAGUCAUACGGGGGGAGAAAAGGGUAAUGUGGUUAUAGUCACUACACGGAUUCCAAAGGUAGCAAGUAUGGUCACCACAACUAACUCUUCAAUUGACGUCGGACGUCUAAGUCAUGAGGAUACUAGGUCUUUCUUCGAAGUAUGUGUAUUUGGUGACCAACGACCAUGGGAAGACCAUUCUGAAUUACGUGAUGUUGGGAAUAGAAUAGUAACAAAAUUGAAGGGUUUCCCUCUUGCAGCAAAAACAGUAGGUAGAUUGCUAAGAAACCAACUUACUUUGGACCACUGGAUAAGAGUUGCAGAAAGUAGAGAAUGGGAAUUACAGACCAAUGACAAUGACAUUAUGCCAGCUCUAAAGCUUAGUUAUGAUUAUCUCCCUUUUCAUCUACAACAAUGUUUUUUCUAUUGUGGGCUGUUUCCAGAAGAUUAUGAAUUUAGUGCCAAAGAGUUGGUUCACUUUUGGACAGGAUUAGGCAUUUUACGACCACUUGAUCAGGCAAAAAGAACUGAAGAUAUUGCACUAAGCUAUUUAAACGACUUGGUAAAUCAUGGUUUUUUUUAA